AUGCGCGAAUAUCUCGCACUUGGUGACGUGGGAGGAUCAACACUCCUAGUGAAGUUCAUCGAUGAUACUGAGUACGAAGAUUUCGGCUUCCUUCUCUUCUGCACCGAUUUCUCCUCCGACGCCCGCUGCGAGCGCUUCGUCGUGGAAUGGGACUUAUUGUUGGAUAAGUGGCUUGGCGAGGCAGGGCCAGAGACGAGGUUUCAGAGGAUUGCGGAGAAGGUGUUUACGAGGAUGGUGGAUGAUGAUUGUAUGGGUGGAAUGGGAGCUGAUAAUGUUGCUCUGUAUGUUCUCCUCCCUCUCCCCCUCAACUGA